UUUUUGACCAGGCUGACGGAGAGGUUCGUGUUGGGAGUGGAUAUGUUUAUGGAGACCUUGUGGAAAGUUUGGAUGGAACUCUUGGAUGUCCUUGGACUUGACGUCUCCAAUCUGUCCCAGUACUUCAGCCCAGCCUCAGUGUCCAACAGCCCUGCUCGUGCCCUUCUGCUGGUCGGCGUCGUCCUCCUGGCCUACUGGUUCUUGUCCCUGACCUUGGGUUUCACCUUCCACGUCCUGCACUUGGUGUUUGGCCGCUUCUUCUGGCUGGUGCGGGUCGUGCUGUUUUCCAUGUCCUGUGUGUACAUCCUGCACAAGUACGAGGGUGAGCCUGAGAACGCCGUGCUGCCGCUGUGCCUGGUGGUCGCCAUCUACUUCAUGACAGGGCCCAUGGGCGUGUGCUGGCGAGGCAGCCCGGGCAGCCCCGGCAGCCCCAGCGUGGAGGAGAAGCUGGAGCACCUGGAGAGCCAGGUCAGACUGCUCAACAUCCGCCUCAACAGGGUGCUUGAGAGCCUAGACCGUCCCAAGGACAAGUGAAGGUCAGGUGCCCGGCCGGGUCCCCG